AUGAUGAUGGAAAAGCAGCCUUUGGAAAAUACUGUGCCCUGCUCACUACCAGGCUCCGAGCGGUCACUAGAGCACCAGAUGGAGCUCUCGCCGUUAGAACUAUCGUUCUCGCGACAGCUCGAGGUGUAUCUGACGGUUGCGCUGCCGAUAAGAUUGACGCCGGAGGAAUGUCUGGCAGCGACCCGCCAAAUGAUCAUGGAAUAUCCUAUCCUGGGCACGAGAUUGAAUCUGAAGGCGGCGCUCCAGACAGUCAAUUUACAUCUGGAGGAGUUUGUACCAUCGAAUACCGCCGAGUUGUGCUCGAUCAAAGCUGAGUACGAGCCUAUCUUCUACGACCCCCAGGUACUAGGAAAACUGGUUCAGUUCAAGGGAGGGAAGCACGAUGGCCAACAGGCACUGUCCAUCCGAACAGUCCAUUUGCGAGAUGCAUGUGUCAUCCAAUUCAUCGUUCAACACGCAUUAUCAGACGCCGGGGGGGUCCACUGGAUUGCCAGGACGUACUGCGCUCUACUGUCGGGCACGCAUAGUCGAGACACUGCCAUUCGACCCGAAUUUCACCUCAAACCCGACGUGAUAGAGGCCGGGCGAACCGCGGCUGCCGACAACGGCAUGCCCAAUCACCCAAUUGCCGUGCGCUAUUCGCAAGGCUUCCAGGUCAGCUGGGCGAGGUUCCUGGCGGCAUAUCUCCGCCAACGCUUCUGGGCGCUCUGUCCUACAUCUGCUCGUCGUGUGCGCCGAAUGCUUUUCGUGCCACAGUCGCGGAUUGAUGACUGGAUGGCCCAGGCGCAGAGCAGGGGGGUUCAGGUCACGGAACAUGACCUCUUGAUGGCUUUCGUAUAUCAGUCAGCCUUUACUCCAGCUGUCAAGGCGAAGGGAGCCCACACCGGCCUCAUCUUCACCCUCAACAUCCAAUCGCAUCUCGCCUCGGUCCCAGGCGCUCUGACCAAUCCCUGGAUCAACGUCCCCGUUGCACCUGUUGCGCCUGGUGCCGCAUCGGCAUCGGACGAUCUCAUCGACAUCGCCCACCACAUCCGCCAGACCAUCCAAGACGCCCGUGACCCCGUCUGCGUGGCCCAGAUCAUCGAUCAACAUCUGCCAGUGCGUGACACGCCCGCAGUUCCGCGCGGAUACGGCUCCCGCACGCCCCGGGUGGCGCUGACCUCAUGGUGUCAUUUACCUUGGUACGAAUUGGAUGUCAAGGGCACGACGCCCUCCUUCGUUCUCGGAAAUACGCGGCUGAGUCGGCCAUUAACGAGAAUGGGAGUGCAGAUGGACGACGGGUUGACGACGUGUAAGGCGAGGGCGUCUGCGCGAACCGAAAAUGCGGACGGCGGGAGAGAUGAGGGCAGACAGGCGGGCUAUUGGGUGCAGGGACGUGUCAAUGAAGGGAUCUGGACGAGAAUGAUGGAGAUGAUGAAGUGCAGCGGAGGAUCCGAGGACGGGUUGCUUUUGGACGAGGUCGUGAUGGAUACGUGA